UUUAUCAUUUGAAUGAUGUCUAUUGUUCCACCUGUUGUUUUGACAUCCUUAAAUAUGGAGUAAAAAAAUGUUCGAUCAUAUUUUGUGUCCACUAUUGGUAAUAGUUUUGAAGAAAUAUGUUAUAUUCAGUUGUGGUACUAGCGCUCCUAGUGCAUUCAGGUGAAAGCCAAGGAAUAAUAAAUGGGGAUCCCUAUUUCUGUGUUCCAUCAGGAAUAUGUCCAAUGACAAAUGGAGGAGGUGGUAUUGAUCCAAGAAUUAUAACACCGGAUGGCGGAGCUGUCAAUCCAACAUCUGCACCAGGUGCCGUGUGUCCAUCGGGAAGAUAUGUAUGCUACGCCCAAGGAAGUAACAGCAAUUGUGGUCUAAGAAAUGCCACGAAUACAGCAGACGGUGAAGCUCCAAUCGGCGCCCAUCCUUGGCAAGCUUUCUUGGUUGGUUCUUCAGGAACCUAUAUCGGUUGUGGUUCCCUUUUGAGUCCAUAUCAUGUACUUACAGCGGCCCAUAAGGUUCUAGCAUACGUUUCAAAUCCAAACCAACUGACAAUAAUCAUGGGAGUCAACGAUCCAGAUAAUAUCAAUAAUAUUCCAGCAACGCAAAGAUCGACAGCAGCGCAAAUAAGCAUAUACGACCCAUACAAUAAUGAUACACUAAAGAACGACCUAGCGAUCGUCAGGCUUACCAAUCCCAUAAGUCUGCUAAAUCUACAAUCAAUUAACACCAUAUGUCUACCAGCUUCGACCACGAAUGCCAACACUUAUGUAAAUCCUUCGCAGAGGUGCGUGGUGGCUGGAUGGGGCCAGGCACAACCAACAAAUUCUCCUGUUCCGACCAAACUGAAGCAGGUAACGGUGAACAUAACUGAUAUCAACACCUGCGAAAAUGGAUUUUUGGGAAAAGUGGAUACAAACAAAUAUUUGGAUAAAACUGGCGGCCAAAUGUGCGCAGGUGGUGGUGCUCAGAGAGAUGCCUGUUUUCAAGACGGAGGAGCACCGCUAUCUUGUGGAACUGGCACUUCUACAUCAAGAUUCACAGUAGCUGGUAUCGUUAUUUGGGGCAAGAGCUGUGGACUACCAGAUUCAUAUGGGGUUUACACUAACGUUCCUUAUCCUAAUUACAGGGAUUGGAUCAUCAGAAGAAUCACCCAACCCAUACCAUAAAUUUGUUGGAGCUAUUAUAUACAUAUCAUUAAUAAUUAGGGUAUAUAUCAAUAGGUUUUAUGAUUUUUGUACAUAGUUAGAUUUGUAAAAAAGAGGAUUUAAAAAAUACGAAGAAAAAUCUCAGCUUAUUCAAGAACAGCAAAGAAAUUAGGAAAUAUGUGAUUCAAAAUAUUUUAUGCUACUGAUUGUGGCAACAUAACUUUCUUCCUUUUUUUCAAUCAAACAAAACAACACAAACCUAGCUUAGGUGGCUCCUUCAAAUAUUGAACUUUGUUUGUAUAUUACUCUCCUGAAUAAAUUGAUUCGAAUUAAAAAAUG